GAAACUUCAUGGGAUAAUUAAGAAGGGGGAAGUCAAUGAUCCGGAUUCUAGUACCAACCUCCCUUCCAAGAAGAGCAACCAUGCUCAUGGGGAUACCAAGAAGCUUCCCCAUAUCAAGAAGGUUUCCCUCCACAACUCGAGGUGAAAUCCAAGUUGGAGUUGGCCAUGGAGGCUUUCAUGGGACAAACCUCAAGACCAUGUGCCACUCUACAGCCGGACCCAAAGAACAAAUUAGAGCUCAUGGUGGAGUGGUUCGCCCGGGGCACCAAUGAAGGGUGCUCUAGCAAGGACCUCCCAAUCGCCAACCAUUUUUGACUCGACCUUUCUUCGGGAAUUGGAGGAGCUCCUUCGACACAUGGAGAGGCUGGGAGGGCUUGUUGAGCAAGCAUGUGCACAACUUGUGCACAAUCACCUCCUACCAUUAGAAGAAGGAAGGGAGGUCGAAGAGGCAAGCCAUGAGAACUUAGGAAGAAUGAACUACGGGAUGGAUUUCCAAUCCCUCGCUCCACCCGAUUAGACACUUGGCACGAGCUUGUGCAAGCUAUCGCCUCUCAUCAUUGGAGGAGAAAGAGGAGGUUGACGGAGCGAUCAGUGACAACCGUGUGGAGCAAGACGACCUCACCCCGGAGAGCUCCCAUGAUGAGGAUGCACAAGAGGGUUGCAUUGAUGACUUUCACACCCUUCCCAAAAGCAACUUUGAAGACCAAGUCACGAGUGUGGAGGAGCAAGAGAAUCAUUUUUAUGAUCUUGCAUUACAUCUUGCCCUCCAAACCAUGCUCGAGGGCAUGAACGGGAAGGAGAAGGAAGAGGUUGAAGAGGAGGAAGAAAACAUUGAAAAAGGGGAAGAUAUUUAUUGUUCCCAAAAGGAGGAAAGUGGAGAAGAAAGAACGGAGGUUGAAGAAGAAGAAGAAGCAAGUGGUGUCCAAGAUGAGGACGAGGUCGGGGUGGAUGAAGCAUCCACGAGUUACAAAUGCUACCAAUGCUUUCUUCCGACCUUGACGCGCUUUUGGAGAAGGACCCAUUUGCGGCUUUUUUCCAAGCCAAGGCCAAACCAUCGGCGAUCCCUCUUGGUGGAUGCGAUGAAAGUCAAUCAAUAAUGGACUACAUGGUGUGGGGCAAAGAGAAAGAAGAAAAGAAGAAGAAGAGGUCUCAUGGGUGGAGCCUCAUGACAACUCAAUUUCACGAGCCCUCAAUCAUGGAUUCGUCCAAAGCUCGUGACUUGAGACUUCAUCUCACCAACGAGAACCUCAACUUCAAGGAGGUUCUUGGGUGGACCAAAACUUGAGGAGCAACCAUCUAGCUCACGACGUUAAAGAAGCGCUUGGCGGAAGGCUACCCACCCAUCAACGGUUUGCAUCUCUUUUCCUUUCAAUAAGACGACCAAUGAAGAGCUUUUGGUGGUGUUUUGCCGUCUCCUUUCUCUUCCGAAUCUCACCCGGCCUCCGCUCCCAAACACCAACAUUCACCACUAUCCGGUAACAUCGUUCUACUUCCCUAUUUUACGCCAUUGAGGGCAAUGUCAAGCUUAAGUGUGUGUGGGUGGGGGGGGGGGGGGGGGAAGGGGGUAGUCCAUUAUGCAUGUGUGUGUGUGUGUGUGUGUGAAUGUUUGGAGUGAUUUUGAAUGCUUGGAGCCUAGUAGUAUGCCCAAAUUUUUAAAAUUUGAGGGCUCCAAGCAUAGCAACUACUACAUUUGUAUGAUCGUAGUGGCAGUUGUGUUGUUUUGUUUUGCAUUUCGUGAGUAUUAACAUGAUCAAUGGAUGGUUUACUUAAAUUUAUGUGCAACCUAUGAUGCUGAUUGAGACUUAUAUUAGGUUUGUGCAUAGGUUCAUUUCUCAUAUGUUUGUGAACCGAUAGAUGUUUUGAAUCGAUUACUUGCUUUUCACAAUUGCCUAUGCAUCGAGUUUAGGGAGUUGGAACGAAUGAUUGAGCACCUAGGUAGCCAUGUGAGACUUGUGACGUUUGUUUCAUUCUUUUGUUAUAGAUCCCCCUUUACAUGAUGUGUAGCAUUCACGUUGUUGCUAGCAAGGAAGAUGGAGGCAUAGGAUUAGCCCACGACCCAAAAGUUGACCGACCCGAUCAUAUUAUUCCUUAGUCAACCCUUUUGAGCUGUGUGUCUAAGGGUCGUUCUCGUGUUAGGUAGCUCAUGCUACUUGAGCUUGAUUGAUUUAGAUAGAACGACCUUUUGCUUUCUUCGUUUCUACACCGUUAUCGAGUCACCCUUGUGUUUGGAAGCUCCAUUCAUACCGUUUGAGCUUAGAUGAGGUUCCACAUGAGUGAUUUGUGUAUGGUUUUGCUAAGAAUGUGAAGUGAGUGUGGAGGUAGGUCUUAAAAGUGAGUAUUGUUCCUUAAGUUAAAAAAAUGUGGCAUGUGUAUAUAGCUCUCUAUAGCCCCCAAAGAAAAGAUAAAAGAAAAGCAAAAGAAAAAAAAAGAAAUCAAUAAGAGGGCAAAUGAAUGCAAGGUUUAGGAACACUUACAUGUUGUUCUCCUGCCUUCUCUUGUGCUUGAAAAUGAAUAGCAAAUGUAGAAAGAAAGAUAGUUGUCAAUGGGUUGGUGAUUGGUUGUGUUUUGGAAGUGUGGGAAGUGUGGUUUUUGGCCGUUGUUAGUGGUCAUUGUUUGUUGAGGAAGGUUUAAGAUCGAAGCUAAGGAACCUUGUACUUUGGUUCUAGGUUGAAGGUGUGGAACCUCAUGAAAUACGUUCCACCACCCAAAAAGCCUUUUCCCCAUGUCCUAAACCCUAGCUAGUCAUUUGAACCUAUGUUUAAGACCUUCGGACAAGCUAGCGACGAAAUCCAUCUUGUGAACUCUAACAUUUAGAGGUUAUCGUCAUGGUAAAGGGACGUUAGGAUUGAGCGUGAAUAUGCACAUCUUUUGCAUCAAAUGGUCCUGACCCCACUGGUUGAGAGUGAGUGAUUCAUUCAUCAUGCUUUGUUCAUUUCUUAUACCCCGGUGAGUACCUAGGUUACUCGAUCAUCCAUUCCUAUGAUGUGAUCUUCAUGCAUGAGUGAUUGUGAUUGAUGAGUCGGCGAAGCAGGUUAUGUGUCGGUUGAUAAAUAAUGUGAGAACUCUUCAUUUGCACAACCUUAAUACAGUUGAAUGUUAUUUGUGGUGGUUACCAAAAUUACUUUGUCUUUUUUUUUUUACAUAGGUCAGUGUCCAAUAACCAUUGUGAUUCAUUUGUUUUGUACCCUACGAAAUGCCCCAAAAAUUUUGUUGAAAAAGGAGUUGUAAGCUUACUUUUUUGUACUUGGUUUGCUUGGGGACAAUCAAACGUUUAAGUGUGG